CUGCAGACGAUGGCGUCGACAUGUCUGUCCUCACACCCGCUUCGAAGAAGGCGCUUCAAAACCUGAGAGCAUUCAUCCCCCCACCCACCAACUACUACCGAUGUCCCCUCAAGCGCAGAGCAGCAGUGCUCAUCCUCCUCUUCGCCGACAAACGUGGAGACCUUCGAGUCGUCCUAACAAUCCGUAGUUCCGCCCUCAAAAACUACGCAGGACAAGCCGCUCUCCCCGGCGGAAAAGCCGACACUCUCCACGAAACGCCCUUCCAAACUGCCCGUCGCGAAGCCUUUGAAGAGAUUGGUCUACCGCAAAAUGACACCGAGCUCCCACCCGGCUACACGGUCGAACACCUCACCGAACUCCCCUCAAAUCUCGCCAUGACCGAAUUGGGAGUCCGUCCCUGUGUGGCAUUUCUCCGCACCCCCGCUCCUAGUCCCCAACAUGGUUUGAACCCCGAUGCGACCAGGGAUAUUCUACCUAAGCUGGAUCCGAGAGAGGUCGAAGCGGUGUUUACAGCGAAUUUUAGGAAUUUCUUGUAUGAGCGAGAUUUGGAUGUCGAUACUGCUAUUGAAGAGGGGGAGGAGAAGGAGAAGAAGAAGAAGGAAUCUGGAGGGGAAGAAGAAGGUGUGUGGUACAAAGGCAGCUGGCACAGUUGGCAUGAAAGCGCAUGGAGAAUGCAUCAAUUCUUCGUACCUGUGAGGAAAGGAGAGGUUUGGCUGGCGAGUAAGAAACCGGAGAGAUAUACAGCUGCGAGGAAUCCGAAUGAGAAGAAACCUGGAGGCGCGAUGCAGAAGAAGGAGGAGGAGGGCAAGAAAGAAAACGAUACAAAGACGACGACGGCGACGACGGAUCAGAAGAGGAAUACUAGUAAUAGUACAUUACAACCACCUUUACCCCCAAAAUUCUACGAGAACCCGAAGAUGAAGAAUGAAAAUAUCAACUCUUCUUCUCCGAGAAAAGUGGAACGCUAUCGAGUCUUCGGAAUGACAGCGAGGAUUUUGGUCGAUGCUGCAAGGGUGGCGUACGGACAGGAACCGGAAUAUGAGCAUAAUAGCCAUUUUGGCGAUGAGGAGAUGAUUGCCAAGUUGAUGAGUAUUGGGAGAUUGAGUGCGGUGAAGAAGGAAGGGGAAGUGUUGACGAGAGAGGUCAUGAGGGAGGCGGGGAGGGCGAAGAUUUGAUGGGAUGGAAGUGGACUUCGUGCGACAACCAGCAGGUAGGCUCACCGUAGCAUUAAGAGAUCAUUAGCAAAAUGCG